AAGCGAAAAGAGCAAAUAAAAAAGAGGGUAAAAGAAAAAGGAAAAGCAGAGAAAAAAAUAAAUCCAAUUUCUUUGGGCUUCAGGGUGGCUUUGGCGUCGUUCCUACGUCGACAUCUGCGCUUGGAGUUCGGCUUUUUUUGUCCUUGAGGUGCCGCCCUAACCGGCCUGCCAAUUCGCUGAGAGCCGGGUGCACUUGGUAAUAGCCGGUAGCGCAACCCGCGAAUGGCACCAGCACAGUUGACAACACAGCCCCGUUGGGCUCCCGGCGGAACGAGGGAUAGUCAUCAACGCCAAGGUAUGGGAUCGCGGGGGAUAACCAGGGCUGCCGCAAAGGAUGAGGCUUCCAGGGACACGCAAAAGUCAUAUAAACAACUUCCCCCGACAUUUGAACUCGGCUAAACCGAACGCGGUUAUAGCUUUCCCUAAACCCACGACAACGUGGAAACCGCAGCUAUGCAUCUGAAAGCCCUUGUUGUCGCAGCCACGGUGUUGCCGCUUUGUUCUGGAGUUCCCCGAGACUCUGGUCAGGAUGCAGCCCGGCGUGGCGAGGAACCAUGCAAGCAAGUCCGUGACCACGUCGCCAAGUGGAUGUCGGACAACAACAUCGUGCCAAAUAUGGACCUUAGUGAACUUGAACGAAUCCUGAUUCCUUCAUUUCCUCGCGUAGCGAUAACGCCUAGUCUCGCCUUUGCAUGUCUCAAGUCGGUACCCUUGUACAAGGAUACGGCACUCGGUCAGGUAGACUUUCUCCGGCCGCUGUUUGAGUGGCAGAGCACCCUCGAUGACCUUCGCGACCCCCCCGAAGGCUAUCUCUCCGAAGGAGUUGACCUUCUCGGGGGCCUUGACGACAUAGCGGCGAAAUUACAAAAGGCUCAAGGAGGCUACAAGAACGAGUUUGAGUUCUUGGCCGACCUAUAUACCUUGACCACGGUUCGACCCCGAGAUUUCCAUUUCAUAUAUACCAGUUCGAUUUUCGAUCUCUUUAGCUUCCCAAGACCAGCCCGGUUUGUCUCGAUUUCUGCGGAUGGUGUCUCGGCUCCCAAGAUCUAUCUCCAUGCCGAUGUGGAUCAUGUCGAACAUGGGUACACCCCAUCGCCGGUCUCAACGAUUGACGGGAUCCCAGCCCUAGAGUUUUUGCAAAAGGAGGCCGUCAAGAAUGGCCGGUGCCACGAUCCGGACGCUCGCUUUAACAGCCAGUUCCCGAGUCUGGCCAACGACGCAGCCUUGGUCUACACGCCGGCGCAGCCGGCCACCCUAGACCUCCGCGACACGACAUCCGUGCAAUGCCAGAACGGUACAAAGUUUGAGUUCAGCAACUACGCCUUUGUCCGGGGCAACUUCACCAACAUCACGUCCGGAGUUGACCUGUACAACGAUUUCGGUCGGAGCAAUGGCACUGGGCCGCGAACGAGUCAGUCGGAGGUCUACGGCUUACUCGAGAAGAAUUACACCAGCCACUUCGUGGGAUACCCCGAGCCUAUCAAUGUCACCAUAAGUGGAAGCGUAGCAGGAUUCCUCCCCGAGAGCCCCGACUUCUCUGACGUGGCAGUGCUCAAUGUCAACACCUUCCAGGGGUCCCUCGGUCCACGCACAUUCACAACACCACCUAGCGCCGACUUUCAGGAAUUCUACAAUGUCACGGUCGACUUCAUCCGCGCCGCCAAAGCCUCCAACCGCACCAAGCUAAUCCUUGACGUCCAAGGAAACAGCGGUGGCCUCAUCUACAAUCUUGUGGCCCUCUAUUUCGCACUCUUCCCCGGAGACACCACCCUCCACCAGUUCUCCCAAGCACGCGCCCACCCCCAGCUCGCAUGGAUCGGGGAGCAACUCUGGAACGACACCGAACGGGCUGCGGUGUGGCCCGUACUCAACUUCAUCCGCCCGGACAACAAGCCGUGGUCCUCUUUCGAGGACUUCUACGGGCCCCACCCAGGCCCGCGGAGCGGCGAGUACACCACCCCAUCCCUCUUCAACGUCACCGACUACGCGCAAAUGUUUGUGUCGCACGAGGACCCGGCCACGGCCGACCCGUCGCUGUACGAGAUCCCUUGGACCGAGCCACCCUUCGCCCCCGAGGACAUCCUGGUCGUCACCGACGGCCAGUGCGGCUCCGCCUGCGCCAUGAUCGUCUCCAUGCUCACCCACGCCCACGGCGUCCGCACUGUCGCCCUCGGCGGCCGGCCCAUCCUCGCGCCCAUGCAGGCCGUCGGUCAGACCAAGGGCGGGCCGAUCAUGAACUUUGCUUCCCUGCCGGAUCUGGAUCGGGAUGCCGUGCCUGAUGGCCUGGAGAUUCCCCCGCCUAGAGAAGGAUUCCACCCGCCGUUAAGGGUGCCCGAGGUGUCGUUUAUUGGGUGGAGUGGUGCCAUACAAUUCAACUCAGUAAACAUGUUACCAUGGGGGGAGGAGACGGAGGGGGCGUGGCCGCUGCAGUUUCGCUAUGAGGCGGCUAAUUGUAAGCUGUUCUUUACUUGGGAGAUGGCGAGGGAUAUCACGGCUGUGUGGAAGGCUGCUGCUGCCGCCGCGUGGUUGGGGGGUAACUGCGUUCCUGGAUCGACAACUAACUCGGAUGGGACAAUGGGGGGCAUCCCAGAGUACACCAAGGAGGUUGAGGAUCAGUAUCGAUUGGGGGAGGGCCCGGGUGCCUUGAGGCAUAAAUAGACUAGGUUAAUUACGGAGAGAAUACGAUGUCCGUGUCUUUGA